UUCGCCCCGUCUCCCUCCCUCUCUCUCUCUCCCCCACUCCCGAACCAAAACCCUAACCCUAGAGGGGAGGGGGCGCCCCUUCCCCCGACCAGCUCAGCCCCCGCGCCGAUGGCGACGCAGCCGCCCUCCUCCGCGGCCGACCUCUACGAGACGGCCUCGCAGCCCGACCCGCCCGCCUCGGCCGCCGGCGACGCCUACACUUUCCUCGAGUUCAACACCCAGGGCGACGACUUCGACUACCCCGACUUCCCGGAGCUCUCCCAGCCGGCCCGAUCCGCGCCGCCGCCGCCGGUGCCGCAGGGCCCCGGGUCCUCUGGCUCGUCCCCGUCGUCCUCGUCGUGGCCGCCGCCCCCGCCGCCGCCCCCGGACGCCUCGCAGGACCCCGAUCUCGCGCCGCGGGAGGCCACCACCCCGCCGGCCUCCUCGUCGUCGCCGUCGCCGCGCGCCUCCAAGGCGAGGGCGUCCGCGGCGGACGGGCUCGCCGCGGGGGUCGCGGCGCUCAGCUUCGAGGAGCCGCUCGGCGCCGGGACCGGGGAGGACGGAUACGACUACGGGAAGGGCGACUUCGUCGAGCACGCCUGCCGGUACUGCGGGAUCCACAACCCCGCGUGCGUCGCGCGCUGCAACGUGCCGUCCUGCCGCAAGUGGUUCUGCAACUCGCGGGGGAACACGUCCGGCUCCCACAUCGUUAACCACCUGGUUAGAGCAAAACACAAGGAAGUUUGCCUCCACAAGGAUAGCCCGCUGGGUGAAACAAUUCUUGAGUGCUACAAUUGUGGUUGUCGGAAUGUAUUCCUUCUUGGUUUUAUCUCAGCAAAGGCAGAGAAUGUUGUUGUUCUUCUGUGCAGAGAGCCCUGUUUGAGUGUUAAUGCCUUGAAGGAUAUGAAUUGGGACCUCAGUCAGUGGUGUCCUCUUAUUGAUGACAGGUGUUUCUUGUCGUGGCUUGUCAAGGUUCCCUCAGAGCAGGAGCAGCUCAGGGCUCGUCAAAUUAGUGCCCAGCAAAUUAACAAAGUGGAAGAGCUCUGGAAAACAAAUCCCGAUGCCUCUCUUGAAGACCUUGAAAAGCCAGGUGUCGAUGAUGAGCCCCAGCAAGUGGCACUGAAGUAUGAAGAUGCUUACCAGUAUCAAAAUGUGUUUGCUCCGCUGAUAAAGCUUGAGGCUGAUUAUGACAAGAUGAUGAAAGAGUCACAGAGCAAGGACAGUCUAACUGUAAGGUGGGAUAUUGGACUGAACAAGAAGCGUAUAGCCUAUUUCGUGUUUCCAAAGGAAGACAAUGAAUUGAGACUUGUCCCUGGUGAUGAGCUACGGCUUAGAUAUUCUGGUGAUUCUUCACACCCUGCAUGGCAGUCUGUGGGUCAUGUGAUUAAACUUACUGCACAAGAGGAGGUAGCGCUUGAACUUCGUGCUAGUCAGGGAGUUCCUGUUGAUUUGAACCAUGGGUUCAGUGUGGAUUUUGUUUGGAAGAGUACUAGCUUUGAUAGGAUGCAAGGAGCAAUGAAAACCUUUGCUGUGGAUGAGACAAGUGUCAGUGGGUAUAUAUACCAUCAUCUUUUGGGACACGAAGUUGAACAUCAAAUAAUACGUAACACACUACCUAGACGCUUUGGUGCACCAGGACUUCCAGAGCUAAAUGCUUCACAGGUCUUAGCCGUUAAAAGUGUUCUCCAGAAGCCAAUUAGUUUGAUUCAAGGUCCGCCUGGCACAGGGAAAACUGUCACAUCUGCUGCAAUUGUAUAUCACAUGGCAAAACAAGGUCAAGGACAGGUCCUUGUAUGUGCACCAAGUAAUGUCGCUGUUGAUCAGCUGGCAGAGAAGAUAAGCUCUACUGGUCUCAAGGUUGUUAGGCUAUGUGCAAAAUCUAGGGAAGCUGUUUCAUCUCCUGUUGAGCAUCUGACACUUCAUUACCAGGUUCGCCACCUUGAUACGUCUGAAAAGAGUGAAUUGCAUAAGCUCCAGCAACUCAAAGAUGAACAAGGUGAACUUUCCAGCAGUGAUGAGAAAAAGUACAAGGCAUUAAAACGAGCCACUGAGAGAGAGAUAUUACAAAGUGCUGAUGUGAUUUGUUGCACUUGUGUUGGUGCUGGAGACCCUCGGUUGGCAAACUUCCGUUUCCGUCAAGUUCUUAUUGAUGAGUCUACACAGGCGACGGAGCCUGAAUGUCUUAUUCCAUUGGUGCUUGGUGUAAAGCAGGUUGUUCUUGUUGGAGACCAUUGUCAACUUGGCCCAGUCAUCAUGUGCAAAAAGGCAGCUCGUGCAGGAUUAGCACAAUCUCUAUUUGAACGGCUUGUUAUCCUUGGAGUCAAGCCUUUCAGGCUACAGGUACAAUAUAGGAUGCACCCUUGCCUAUCAGACUUUCCAUCCAACUGCUUCUAUGAAGGCACACUGCAAAAUGGAGUAACUGUAAAUGAGAGACAGACACCUGGAAUUGAUUUUCCUUGGCCUGUUCCAAAUCGGCCUAUGUUCUUCUAUGUGCAGAUGGGACAAGAAGAGAUCAGUGCCAGUGGAACAUCUUACCUCAAUAGAACUGAAGCUGCAAAUGUUGAAAAGAUUGUAACUACAUUUUUAAGGAGUGGUGUUGUACCAAGCCAGAUUGGAGUUAUCACACCUUACGAAGGACAAAGGGCAUACAUUGUGAAUUAUAUGUCAAGGAAUGGCUCUCUUCGACAACAACUUUACAAAGAAAUUGAGGUGGCAAGUGUGGAUUCCUUUCAGGGAAGAGAAAAAGAUUACAUAAUCCUGUCUUGUGUUAGAAGCAAUGAGCACCAGGGCAUUGGGUUUCUUAAUGAUCCACGCAGGUUAAAUGUUGCAUUAACUCGUGCUCGGUAUGGGAUAGUCAUUCUUGGGAACCCUAAAGUUCUAAGCAAGCAGCCACUUUGGAAUAGUCUAUUGACUCAUUAUAAGGAGCAUGAGUGUUUGGUAGAAGGACCUCUGAACAAUCUAAAGCAGAGUAUGGUGCAAUUUCAAAAGCCCAAAAAGAUAUACAAUGAUCGGAGACUGUUCCUGGGUGGUGGUCAAGGUGUUAUGCAAGGAGCUAGCUUUGGUGCUGCAGGCACAAACCUAGUGGGAGAUAAGAGAAGUGGUAGGGGGAAAGGGCAUUCCUUUGUUCCAUUUGGCCCACCAAAUGGGGCUCAUAAACCUGGUGUGCACCCUUCUGGCUAUCCUUUACCUCGUAUGCCUUUUCCUCCAUUUGCUGGGGCUCAUUCUCAACCCUAUGCCAUUCCAACCCGGGGAUCCUUGCAUGGACCAAUUGGAGCUGUUCCACCUGUGCCUCAACCUGGAAACAGAAAUUUUGGACCUCGUGGAAAUACUGGAGGCCCUAUUGGCGGACACCUUGCUCAUCAACAGAACUCUCAGCAAGCUAUGGGUGGCAUAGGGACAGCUUUUAGCUUUCCUGGACUGGAGAAUCCAAGCAGUCAGCCUUCUGGUGGAGGUCCAAUGUCCCAAACUGGGUUGAUGACACAGAUGCCUGUCCAGGGUCUCAGUCAAACAUUCCGCGAUGGGUUUUCCAUUGGUGGGAUGUCUCAGGACUUCUUUGGAGAUGAUUUCAAGAGCCAAGGUUCUCAUGUGGCAUACAACAUUGCAGAUUUUUCUACUCAGGCUUCUCAAGGAGGCUAUGGGGUUGACUACUCUCAAGGACCCCAAUCUGGUUAUCCUGGGAAUUAUUUGAACCAAAAUACGCACCCAGGAUACUCCCAUAUGGGUGCAGCAAAUGACAUUGUAUCUCAGGAUCCGAUGGCCCAUGGAUCUCAUGGAAUGUUUACACAAGCGGGAUACAAUGACCCUUCACAAGAUGAGUCAUCUCAGAUGCAUUUUGGAAUGGCUGGUCCUGGUCCUCUCCAGUCUCAGGCCAUGAUGAACCCGCUCUACUCUCAGUCAUAUGCUCAUUACAACACCCAGCCUCAGUCUCUCCAACCUCCUCCGCAGUGAUCAGGAAAUAUUGUGAUAUAAUUGCUGAAGCCGCAGUAAGUUUUUGGAAGUUUGAUGGGUUGUAUCCUUGGCCCACAGCAGCUUGGUUGUGCCUUUCUGCUCAGUUAUGCAGAAAAGAUGGUGCAUAGACAUCAGUUGCAAGUAUUGAGCACAAGCGUAUUUUGGAGCAUUACAUGGACAUUUAUUGAGGCAAGCUUGUACACGAUGGCUAUGGCCGUCGACCAUUGACCAGUGCUGAGGAGCACAAGGAUUACAACAUCUCUCUUUCCUGUCAUGGUAGUUCACAGUGGGGCUUGACAACAAGAGGUGGUAACUUGUGCACUGAAAGAUGCCGAUGACUACCCACAUCGCUUCACCUGUAUAGAAGGCAAAAUGGAGCUUAUAGUGGUACGGUGUGAAUACUCCAGGAUUGGCUGGCGCAACCAAGUCUAAGGUUGCAGCUGCUAUCGCCUGUCUCCAUGGUACCACGAAAACGCUUGCAGAUUGGCUUUGUAUAGGGUUUAUAGAUGGGGGGUGGCCAGCCCUUUCAGAUCUCUCGCACAUGGCCAUUUAUAUUUAUCUGAACAAGAUGUAUGCUUUCUUUAUAGUUUUUGAUAUUUAGGUCACAGAAAUGAUGUUUGGUGAUCUUGGUUGAAAGAGCGAAAACUAUAGCUUGUAGUGAUUGAUGGAGAUCGCAGGUUUUUUUUUGGAUCUGCUGCCAAUUUUAGGAAUUGGCUGGAUUCUUGUACCCACAGGUGGGGUCUUUUGUGUGGUUGAUUCCACAACCAUGAGAGCAAAUAUUCUGUGACAUGUUUUGAUAUUUUGAUAAUCCUAUGUUUGGCCUCUUUCGUU